CAAUACUAAUCCGUUUCUCUCUCUUUCCAUUUCAACAACACACUGCACCUAUUUGACCCCAAAAACUAACCCAUCAAUUUUUUUUCCCUUUUUUUCUUCUGUUUUCAAUUUUGCAGAGAAAGAGAGCGACUCAAGAAGCAAAGCGCACCCAUCAGUACCCGCUUUCUCUCUCUAUCCCCGCUCUCUCUCUUUCUCUCUCUCUCUGAAGAAUCUAGGGUUUUGGAAUAGUGAAUCUUCACUCUGAGGAGAAUCUUCGCUAUCCUCCUCUAAGGUUGUGUCGUUUUCUUCGUGCUUCAACUUCUCCCUUUUGAUUAUCAUGCAUUCCUGAAAUGGAGGGAUGAUUUCUGCACAUGCUGCUGCUUAGUGUUUAUACCCUUUCUACAAGGUUUGGCUGACUUGGUUUCUUCAUAAAGUGCAAUUGGUUCAGAUUCUUCUAUUUUACGAGGCAAUGUAAUAUUAUGGUCUCCAUUUCAAUAAAAGGGGCAAAGUAAUCUUGCAGUACUAUGGCAACCGAAAGUCCAAUUAGAAUUUCAGAAGCUGGGGGUAAGUGGCCCUCUCUUAAGGAGGGUUCUACUUUUGGUUCACCAGCUCGUAACAUGGCAACAGAAGAUUUAGGUAUACUUGUACAGGGGCAUAGAUUCCAUGGUAGUGGAAGGGAUAUGGCACCCAAUCGCAGUGGAAGUGCUCCUCCCAGUAUGGAAGGCUCAUUUCUUGCUAUAGAAAACUUGUUAUCCCAACAGAACACCACUCAGAAUGCAAGCUUGGCAACUUUGAGCAGAGCUAUGCAAAAAUAUGACUCUGAGGAACAAUUACGAGCCGAUCCAGCUUAUUUGGCAUAUUACAAUUCCAAUGUCAACCUAAACCCUAGGCUUCCUCCUCCUCUUAUCUCUCGGGAAAAUCGCCAUCAUAUUAGCAAUUUUAGGAAUAAUUGGGGAUUUUCUUCUGCAGAUGAUAGCAGUAAAAUUUCUUUUCAUUUACCGCAAGGAACUCUUGCAACGCAUAGGGAGGAGUCUGAGGAUGAUUCACUGCAGCAGCCAUAUGAUAAUGAGCUAGUUAAGACAGAUGGUCUAUGGAGUAGACCAGAUGCAUCAGCAUCAUUACCGUCACAGUGCAAAAAUAUAGUUGACUCGAUUCAGGAAGAUUUCCCCCAUACCAUGUUACCUGUAUAUAGUAAUUCUCAUUCUGUCAGUCGUUGUGGACUGGCGGAUGAACCAAUUGAUUUGGAUGCUGUCUCCAGUUCUUCUCGUGAUCCUACUGUCCCUUCAGUCGAGGUUGGUAAACCCAUUGUAGGUGCAGACGAUAUGAGGAUGUCAUCAAGUGCUGGUACCAAUGCUCCUCUUGCAAGCUCAUCAUCUCUUGAAUCCACUGGUAGCAUGGGUAUUAGCGACUUAGAUGUUUCAAUUGUGGAGUCUCAAUUGAAGGCUUUAAGUGUAUCUAAUCUAUCAAAUUCAGAAAGCCCGAGUUAUGAAGAAAAAUGGAAGACUGAUUACCAGAAUAAUUUAAUGCAACAACAGAUGUUCCAGCAACAAAACAAUCCAUGUGAAGUUCCCAAUGCCAACUCUCAGAAUGUGAAUUCAGCCUACAUUGUUAGGGAGCAGUUUCCUCAUAAUGCUAGCAAGUUCUCCUCUGAUGUCCAGCCACUACUGCAGUCAUCUGGGUUUACACCUCCACUAUAUGCCACAGCAGCAGCAGCUUACAUGACUUCACCAAAUCCAUUCUACACUAAUUUGCAGGCCUCAGGCAUGUAUACUCCACAAUAUGUUGGUGGAUACACUAUAAAUCCCUCAGUUGUUCCUUCAUAUAUUCCUGCAUACCCUCCUCAUGGUGCUGUACCAUAUAUUGUUGACGGGGCUACUAGUUCCAGUUAUACCCCAAUGAUACCAGGGCUUUCUGCUGGAGGAAGCAUUUCACAUGGAGCUGAAAUGACACAUGCAAACAAGUUCCCUGGGCAAUACGGAUUUACUAUGCAGCCUUCUUUCACUGAUCCUAUGUACAUGCAAUAUCACCAGCAGCCUUUUGUCGAGGGAUAUGGUGUUUCUGGUCAUUUUGAUCCAAUGGCACCGAGGGCAAGUGGUGUUAGCCAGAUUAGUCCUUUUGAUUCACAAAAGAGGCCCACAAGUGGCGCUUAUUUGGAAGAUAAGAAUUUACAUCAUCAGAGAAGUGGUGCAAAUAUGAACUUAAGAAGAGGAGGAUUGACAAUCCCCAUCCCUAAUUAUUUUGGUCCGCCAACAAACAUGGGUUAUGUAAUGCAGUAUCCAAGUUCACCGCUUCCUUGUCCUGUUUUGCCUGGAUACCCAGAAGGAAGUCCUGGCCUUCCAGGAGUAAGGAAUGAGAUGAAGCUUUCCCCAGCUUCUGGUAGAAAUGGAGGCGUAUUAUCUGGAUGGCAAGGACAUAGAUCCUUUGACAGUGCCCAUGACCCGAAAGUUGUUAAUUUUCUUGAAGAGUUAAAAUCUGGCAAAGGUCGCAGAUUUGAGCUAUCUGAUAUUAUUGGACACAUUGUUGAAUUUAGUGCUGAUCAGCAUGGGAGUCGAUUUAUACAGCAGAAGUUGGAAAGUUGCAGUGUUGAAGAGAAGGCAUUGGUAUUCAAAGAAGUUCUUCCACAUGCUUCGAAGUUAAUGACCGAUGUAUUUGGUAACUAUGUAAUACAGAAGUUUUUUGAGUAUGGAAGCCCUGAGCAGAGGAGGGAACUUGCUAGUCGACUAGGUGGUCAGAUAUUGCCUUUAAGUCUGCAGAUGUAUGGCUGCCGUGUAAUCCAAAAGGCACUUGAGGUUAUUGAACUUGAACAAAAAGCCCAGCUUGUUCGUGAGCUAGAUGGACAUGUUAUGAGAUGUGUACGCGAUCAAAAUGGGAAUCAUGUUAUACAGAAAUGCAUUGAAUCUAUUCCAACCAAGAAAAUUGCAUUUAUAAUUUCUGCAUUCCGUGGUCAAGUUGCUAUUCUGUCAAUGCACCCUUAUGGUUGCCGAGUCAUACAGAGAGUUCUAGAGCAUUGUACGGAUGAGAUUCAGUGUCAGUUUAUUGUGGAUGAAAUCUUAGAGUCUGUUUAUGCACUUGCCCAAGAUCAGUAUGGUAAUUAUGUGACCCAGCAUGUAUUGGAGAGAGGAAAGGCUCAGGAAAGGAGCCAAAUCAUUAGCAAGCUAUCAGGACAUAUUGUUCAAUUAAGCCAGCAUAAGUUCGCUUCAAAUGUCAUAGAGAAAUGUUUAGAGUAUGGAGAUGCCACUGAACGGGAGUUGUUAAUUUCCGAGAUUAUUGGACAUGAAGAACGAAAUGACAAUUUAUUGAUCAUGAUGAAAGACCAAUUUGCGAAUUAUGUGAUCCAGAAGGUUAUUGAUAUCUGUUCUGAAAAUCAGCGAGUAAUCUUGCUUUCUCACAUCAGAGUUCAUGCUCAUGCUUUGAAGAAAUACACUUACGGAAAACACAUUGUGGCUCGGUUGGAACAGCAAUUUGGAGAUGAUCAAACACCCAGAUCAGGAUGACUAUAUACAGAGAUAACACAGGUCGUCAGGACUGCUUCUGUGGCAUCCAAAUCUCACAACCUCAACCCGUUAGAUUCGGUUGCUGAUCAUAGGAAGUUGCUAAGACAUUGAACUUGCUAUUACUGCAACACCUUUGAUAGCUUCCAAGAAUCAAGUGAUGAUUUCAUGAGACAUUAGUAUAUAUAUAUACAUCUGUACUUGGGACUUACUGUAAUUAUGUCAUUAAAAAUAAUUGGUUCUAAAUGUUGUGAGUAUAAUUAUUUGGAAGGAAACCUUCCUGAUGUAAAUUUUAAUGGAUGUUCUCUGCUUAGUGUGUGCUGUUGGAUAUAGAUGGGAGCAGUGGUUGUUAGUGCUUGUCACCCCUAAUUGAUGCUCCUUAGUUCUUGUGGUUGCAUGUUUUGUCUGUUAGUUAAGUUAUAUGAUUUGUGUUGUUUCUAUUUCCCAUCUGCUUCAUUAACAAAUGAUCUAACAAUAUGAAGUGGUAGGUUAUUGUGCUUACAAGUUUCUAAUUGGGUCAUAUUUUAAGCAUUACGCAACUAGGUUUAUGGAGCUGGCUAUACAGAGGUGGUUGAAUUAUAUGUCUGUAAAAGUAAACUUUAAUUAGAACUUGAGUUGGUAUUAAUAGAACUAUUUUAUGUA